UGGUAGGUUCUUGUAGCCUGCACAUGAGUAGUUACUAACCAAUUAGAAAAAAAGAGUUGGAGUAAAAAAAAACUGUUCAAACGUCAGAAUUUGAUCCAUCAUUCAAUCCACGUGCGAAUGAAUAAAAAUAUAUUAUGGCUGAACGAGCCAUGAACAGCGGAAAUUUCUCUCUCAUGUUUGGGCCGCUCAAUUUUCCUACCUGCUAUUCUUCAAAAUGUAAAUCGCAGUUUCUCGAACUGGAUGACACGCCUCAAGAAACUAGAUGCCUUUUGUGCGAGGCGAUGUAUUCGCUUCCUAACAAUCAACAAGAAAUGUUGACGCAUAUUUUUACACAGCAUCGACUUGUCAUCGGUGAUGUUGAGAAAAUUGCGUCCCUCAAAAGCUACAUACAUUACUGGAGGGUGAAACUCAGCGAAGCUCCAUUGACUCAAUUUUGUACUUCGUUACUAAUGGAUUGCACUCCUGAUGGAAAGCCAAGUAAAAACGAAGCUUACUUCUUGCUAUCUGACUGCGUAGCGGAGGACAAAACUGUACGAUUCGAGAUACAGCAGGCUAAACUGGAAUGGGUUCUGGCGCAGCAAGCUAAGGAGAGAGCCGACACAAGCUUCAAACGUGGCUGUAUGUUCUGUCGAACCGAGUUUUCAGGCUCACGUACUGCUUACUUGCAGCAUCUCUCCCGAAAGCAUAAUCUACAACUCGGAAGACCAGAGAAUUUAGUUUUUGUCGACGAGUUAUUGGACAAACUCCAAAAUAACGUCGAGAAGCUCAUAUGUUUUUACUGCGAAGGUGUGUUCAAGGAUCGCAAUACACUGAAAGAACACAUGCGGAAGAAACUUCACAAAACACUUAAUCCAGCGGAUAAAAAAUAUGACAAAUUCUAUGUCAUCAAUUAUCUGGAACCUGGAAGAAAUUUGCAACAAAAGCAGAAUAGUGUCGAUGAUUCUGAGGAUCCGUCUGGUUUCACCAGCGGAAGUGACGAUGGUGAAAAUGCAUGGUCUGAUUGGGAUGGAGAAAGCAUUGAUGUGGUCUGUCUGUUUUGCCCUUAUAACAACCGCGAUUUCACUAACAUCCUCAGUCACAUGAUCAACAAGCAUCAGUUCAAUUUUGAGGAAGUAACGAAAGACUGUGAUUUUUAUCAGAGGGUAAAAAUAGUAAAUUUUGUAAGAAGACAAAUCCAUAUACAAAAAAAGUGCGUAUUUUGUGAUGAGGCCGCAAAUGAUCUUGGUGAACACAUGAGUCUAUUUUGCCAUUGUAAACUACCUGCUCGUCGUGUUUGGGAUCAGCCAGAAUACUAUUUUCCAACGUAUGAAAACGAUUCUUUUCUUUAUAAUCUCGAAGUAAAUGGCGACGACGACCAAGAUUCCGAUAUGGAUAACAUUUCUGCAGAAAUGAGCAAUCUGUGAGGAAAAAUGUGACUCGAUCGACUAUAAAUUGAACUGUGUAUAGUGUUAAUAUAGAUACAUAUAAUUAAGUGUAAAAUUAUUGGUGAAAAA